AUGGCCCAAUCUCAAUUUUCCUUAUCUUGGGAUGAGCAUGUACAAAAUAUAUGCAGUGGACUUAGUUUAUUGCAACAGAAUGGCGAAUUUGUAGACAUGACUUUAGCAGCUGAUGGGUACCUUGUAAAAGUACAUCAAGUUAUUAUUGCAUUGAGUAGCCCAUUUUUAAAAGACCUUAUAUCUUCAGCACAAUGUCCACAUCCUGUUAUAAUUUUAAAUAAAAUAUCCCACAACACGCUUGCUGCAAUAUUAGAGUACAUUUAUACUGGUGAGGUAUUAGUGGCCAUAGAAGAUCUUAAUGAAUUGAUUGAUGCAGCCAAGGAUUUACACAUAAAAGGUUUACAGGAAAUGAAUUUAUCCCAAGCUUUAACAAGUGAAAGACAAAAAUCACCUGAAGUAUUUUCCACGCAAAUGGGGGGCCUUGAUCCUGAAGAUGAUAUAUGUUAUUUUGAAAUAUCAAACCCAUCUGACGACAUUAGCAAAAUAGAACAAAAAAGCUGUAAUGUAUUAAUAAAUGAUGUGCGAAGUAUAAAUGAUUCAACGGAAGAGCUUUAUAAGGAGCCUGAUAUAGAAAUUGAAGAUAGAACAGAAAUCACCCCCGACAUGUUGCCUCCGCAUCUACAAAAGCUUGUGACAUCCAGCGCUGAAGAACAAGCAAGUCUUGGUACACUCCAGUACACAGUGUCGAACCAGGGCUCGCUACAGAUGAUACUGAACAGGUUUAUAUAUUACUUGAAAUACACAAAUAGAGACAAGUCGCGGCAAUGGCGCUGUGUCGACUACAUCAAUAACUACAAGUGUCCCGCGUAUGUCGUUACCAAAGACGAUGUCGUUGUACAAAGGAUUUCAGCACACAAUCAUCCUUUUCAUGAUAAAAAGAUAUUAAAGAAAGUGAAAACGGGCGCUAUAUUUAGUGCACUCAUUGGCGCUGAGAAGGAAGGCACUAAGAGAAAGAAUAAGAUCCGUGAGGAACAUGAAAGUGAA